AAGCAGCAGGCUACGCACUGAUGCAAAGGAUGGUUGUGUUAUAAAUAGGGAGGAGAGCCGCCGUCCCAUUGUGUGUCUUCUUCCGAUAUCGCUCAGAGAAAGGAAGACGACGACGCAAUCGAGAGACAUGAGCGUUCUGGAAUUUGUCUCGCAAGCGGCCUUCUACGGCCUCGUCGGCGGUAUCGCUGCACUGGCGUAUGCAAAUCGUCGGUCGUUGCCCCUGGGCUGGCACGUCCGCAUCUUUUCACGAUACUACUACUGGCGUAUCAAGGCCAUGCCCUUUACCUCUCCUGGGGCAAAGGUGACCAGUAGCACGCCCGCUAUCCGACUCGACAGCAUCCCCCUGGGCAAGGACAUUUUCGCCUAUGAGCACGUCCUCGACCUCAAGGCUUCGUACGAUGACUGUGACUUCUUCGGCCAUAUGAGCAACUCGUCGUACCCCAAGGCCAUGGACUUUGGGCGGAUAGCCAUGAGCAGCAGUGCGUUUCUGCAACUCUCGAUCGAUGGCGGAUGGAUCCCCCUCGGGGCCACCUCCUUUACCUUUCUCAAGGAGAUUCCCAUCGGGAUGCGCUACCAGCUCCGCAUGCACCUCGAGGCGUGGGACGAAAAGUGGCUAUAUGUUGUAGGCCGCUUCAUCUCCAGGAACAAAAAGACGAGCGAGGAUGUUGUGCACUGCGUGGGUGUCAGCAAGAUGUGUGUAAAGGCCGGCCGCAAGACGAUCCCGCCAUGGCUCGCAAUCGCCACAAGCGGCUUCUCCAGCGCACCCGUGGGCGAUAGCGAUGUGGACAAGCGGACGUCCAACUGGCAGAAGUCAGAGGCAUUGAGAAGGGAGAAGGGCAAGACUCCCCUGCUCAAGGCCUUUGUCCUCCCCAAUGGCAAUGGCAACAGCAAAGAGCAGCACCUGCCACAGAGGGAGCCGUGGAUGGAGCAGAGCUACUGGGACGUGGAACAGUGGGAGCAGAGGAGGCAGGAGGGCCUCGCAAGGCUGCUUCCCAUGACGUCAAACGAGUGCCUCUUGGCUAGGCAUCACUGAUUGCCGGGCAACACUCCUGGGGCCAUCUCUCGCCAUCUUUCGCCAUCUUGCUCUCUCGCCUGAAGACAGACACACUGUAUAUUUCCACAUUUCAAAUGUUACAUUCUCAAAU